AUGACAUCUUCGAAGAUCGUGUUCCCCCCGCCGCCCCCUACUACCAACUCACUCACGUCGCAGCAGCGCAAGCAGCUGCAGCGUUCGACCAAGAAAUUGGGACGCAUGCUCGGCAGCACGCCUCAACUGAUCGACGAGGACGCCUAUGGGAUAGAUUUAUAUUCCACAGGACCUUUCAUUGCGUACAGGGAUGAGCCGUACCCAUUUCAUCGCGGUUCUAUGGACUCGCUGACCUCGUCGUCUUCUUCGUCCUCCGGCAGCUCUUCAUCACGCAGCACAUCACGCAGCACCUCGCCUGCGUCCGUGUUUGGGUCGCCGUCGUCAACGCGCUCUGAGACUUCGCUUCGCUCAGCCAGGUCUUGCGGACCACGGUCGCGAACACGACCACCCCUCAUGCGCAUUGGCUUCAACUCUGCGCCCUGCCUAGCGAUACCAUCUUUGGAGACUAUACCCUCUUCGCCCACCUCGCCCGAAGCUUCAUUCGGCCUGUCCAGAGCAUCGAGCUUCAAAAUUGAUGAGACGAAGAGUUGCUAUACCCUUCAUCAUUCCAGGACACCUUCGCCUCGGGACUCGCUUAUCGAGCCAGACUUCGUCAUUCCGUCCCAGAACACGCUUCGCCGUCAGAAGAUGGAUCGUCUGAGGCGCAAGCUCGGGGACGAAGUUCCUCUGAGCUUGGUGUUCCCUCGGCAGCGCUCGUUGGACGACAGCGACGACGAGGACAUCUUGAGGCCGUCCUUAUCCCGAGCACCGAGCGUAACGCUGAGGGUGGCGGCGCCUCCUCCCCCUCCCGUACCCAGUUCCUCGCCUUCGAAGUGCGUGCGGAGUAGCUCUCGGGAUUCUCUUACCCUGCCUUCCGUGCACCGGGCGAACCGAAGCAAGCGCAUCCCAGUACCUGCGUACGAUGCUUCGCUCCCGACUACGUAUACUUCCAUCCGCAUAUCGCCCGCGACUUGUGUUCCUCUUCCGCGUACAUCGUCUCUCCGAGCCUCACCGCCGAAGGAUCGGUCCCUUUGCUCUAUCGUCGAGUGCCCUGAUGAGCACGGGAGCGGGUGCGCGGAGGAAUUCAGCCUCUUUGGGAGUGCUAUGCCUUUAACGGCUGGACGUGCCCAUCCUUACGCUUCAUCUGCGUCUCCUUACACCGAGCCCGAGUCCUCGAAGCUCUGGUCAACCCGACGAGGAUACGAGGGUUGGGGUAUUUCAUUAUGA